UGAUUGUUGUGUCAGGUAGAGAAACACGGUCCGGUUUUUACCCCCUAAAACCCCCACCUCAACUGGAUCCAGUAUCGGGGCCGAGGAGCGAGGGCGGUCUGGAACGGGUCUGAGAGGAGCCCAGAGCGGUUCGGGGCGGAUUUGACCCGGAUCGGAGCGGGUUUGGAGACAGGGAGGCAAAGUUUGCCCCAGCUUCGGUUCACGUCUCUGCAGCUUGGUCAUGUUCAGGUAGAGUCCCGCUCGGCGACGCCCACCAUGCUGAAGCGUCUGGACAAGAUCCGGUUCCGAGGCCAGAGACGGGACGAGUUCCUGGAUCUGGCCGAGUCGCCCAACACGUCCGACACUGAGUGCACUGACGAGGUCGUGAUGAAACCUCGCAUGUCCAUCAGGGAGCCAUCGGAGGAGUUGAGUGUGGAGGGAGAGCAGCAGAGUGACGCUCAGGCUGGUCCAGGAUCAUUUUCUGCAGCUCUCCAGGAUGACUCGAGGACAGAUCUGAAUGAGGUCAAAGGUCACCUAGAAAUCGCCUUGUUGGAGAAACACUUCUUACAGGAGGAGCUGAGGAAACUCAAGGAAGAGUCCAAUGUGGAUUCGUUGAAACAGGAGCUGGAGAAGGAGCGCUGCAGGCGCAUCGAGCUGGAGCAGAAGGUCAACGACGCCUUGAGAUCCAGACUUGAAGACUCACCUUCUCAGACACCUAAGGUCCCGCCCCCUCCUCAACCUGCCAGCAGCGGUACAGACAAACAGAGGGAAACUCUGUCCAACAGUUUCCUGAAAUGGCUUUAUGACCGUUUUGGUGUUUAUAUCGAAGACUUCCGCUUCCAGCCGGAGGAGAAGACGGUGGAGACGGACGAGCAGCUGAGCGGCAAGAGGUUGACUGAAAACAUGAGGCGACUCAAACGGGGAUUCAGACCUGUGACCAACUUCAUGAGGAACCUCUCUGCCUUGUCCAGCUGGUACUCCGUCUACACGUCGGCCAUCGCCUUCAUCUUCUACAUGUACGCAGCGUGGCACGGCUGGGCCAUCCCCAUGUUCCUGUUCCUCGCCAUCCUCCGCUUGUCCUUAAAUUACCUAAUCUCCAAAGGCUGGAGGAUCCAGUGGAGCAUCGUACCUGAAGUCUCAGAGCCCAUGGAGCCCUCUAAAGAAGACCUGACGGUGUCGGAGAAGUUCCAGCUGGUUCUGGACGUCGCUCAGAAAGCACAAAAUCUGUUUGGGAAGAUGGCCAACAUCCUGGAGAAGAUAAAGAAUCUGUUCAUGUGGGUGCAGCCGGAGUUGACUCAGAAGCUGUACGUCGGUCUGUGGGUGGCCUUCAUCUCCUCCUGCCUGCUGCCGUACAAACUGCUGGGAUUCAUCAUAGCUGUGUACGCAGGCAUAAAGUUCUUCAUCAUCGAUUUCAUCUUCAAGAGCUGUCCCAAGCUGCGGCAGCGCUUCGACACCCCUUACAUCAUCUGGACCAAUUUACCCACCGACCUGCAGCUGAAGGAGCGCAGCAGCACCACGCUGAGCAGACGGGUUCCUGCGGCGGGGGGUCGAGGCAGCCUCAGCGCCGCAGCUCCUCUGGGUGUCAGCCGGGACGAGGACGGAGGACGAUACUACAGCACCAAGAGAGGAGCUUUCCACGAAGUCUUCAACCUGCCGGAGAGCGAGCGCCCCCUGACAGUGUGUGAGAACGGCUGGCGCUGCUGCCUCAUCAACAGAGACAGGAGGACACCGACCGACUACAUCCGCAACGGCGUCCUCUACGUCACCGAGAAUUAUCUGUGUUUCGAGAGCUCCAGCUCCAGGUCUGGAUCCUCCAAGAGGAACAAGGUCAUCAAACUGCUCGACAUCAAAGAAAUCCAGAAGUACAAAGUUUUGUCGGUGCUGCCUGGAUCUGGGAUGGGCAUCUCCAUAGCGACGCCAUCCACCCAGAAGCCGAUGGUGUUCGGAGCGAUGAUGCACAGAGACGAAGCCUUCGACGCCAUCUUCAUCCAGUACAACAAGAUUCUGGGCGUGGCCACAGCCACCAGCUCAGAGACAUAGUAAUGCCUUCCCAAGAUGGCUGCCCCCCUGCAUCUGUUCCGCGUCCUCUCACCGGUGACAUCCUCCAACGACUCCUGACUUCGGUUUGAGCUGCUGCUCUGUUUUUUAACCAAUAGGGUCAUUGAUCUAAAACACUGACAUUACUUUAGUGAUUGAUAUUAAAUAAGCUGAUUUCAACUAAUUUAAAGUAGAAGAAGAAGAGGGAGCUUUAUGCAAAACAUCAAUCCUGAGCGUUCAUUUACAGUAAGUUCUCAAAUAUAAGCGUCUUUUCUAAUAAUUACAAACACAUUAAGGUUUGGUAACGAACACUGAGGACUGUACUCUAAUCAUGUACUGUAUUAGACUCUGAUACUCUUCUUAUUCACUGAUUAUUUCCUGUUGCUUCUACUUCUUUAAAAAUUUUUUUAUCCCUUUUAAACUAUUCUGAAUGAAACACGCUUCCUGUUUCACAUUAAAAGCCUCUCAGCAGCUCAAAGGGCAUAAAUCCUUCUGUUAAAUUUGUGUCGCUUUUAAUGUGAAAAUUUCUGCAGGGAAACGGUUCAGAAAUUGUUUUUGUUUUUUUCAAACUGAAUCUCUUUUGCUCGCACAGGAAGAAUCAGUGGUUUACAAUCUGAUAGACGCUCCAGUAUAACAAGAUUUCAUCAGAUGUUACCGUCUGCAGCCGCUUAAGAGAAUUUGUGGUGUUUAAGUUUCAGGAGUGAUCCAGAUGUGUCGGACGGGUCAUGAACAGAUGUUUUCUUCUCUUGGGGGAAACACAUAUGAAUGAAUUUGGACCUAAAAUGUGAUACUGAAAUUGAUAUAAUUAAAGAAAUAUAUCUUGUCUAUAAGAAACUUAAUGCAAAAUUAAGAUUCUCUUCAUAUCAUCAUGGCUGCCGAGUUACUGAGAGUGUUUUUAGAUUUUAGUUUUUCUAUUGGCAGAUUUCCCCACAGCAGAUUCUACUGACAGUAACAUCACCUGCUUUAAGCUGCAAUAUCCUCUAGUCUAAUAUCUCAGUGAGGCUUUUUCAGCCUCUAACAUCAUGUAGCUUAAACCCUUCCCUCUGAUGACUCGUCACUGAUGCACUAUUAUUAUGCUUAUUUUCUAAUUGUCUGUCUACUGACUCUGCGAAAUUUGCGAUACUUGUUAUGUUUUUUUGUUUACUGAUUUUGGACAGCAGACUUGAAGCUCUGCAGUGUGUCAUUCUUAGUCAGUAUAUGACAUGUUAGUGGAUGAAAGGCAGCCUUAUAUGCACAUUUUAGCGGUGUUGAUUAUGCUAAUGUUAUAUUUCACGACCAGGUUGUGUUCAACAGUCUGAAAGGAGCGAUUCACGACAAGUUUGUGCAGUUAAGAGACUUUGGCGAAUCUGACUUGAAACACUCGAACAAACAAACUGAGAAUUUUAGUAAAUUAAUACUUGAUUAGAAGAAAAUCAAUCCACAGCCAUUUUGAUAAUAGAUCAUUUAUGUAAAAGAAUCAAAAACUCUCUCGCUGAUGUGAGAAUUUAUUGAUUUUCUCUGUUUUAUAUAUAUUUAUAUAUGAAUAUCUUUGGGUUUUAGACCAUUGGUAGGAUUUCACUUUCGACUAUGGGAAACUGGGAUGGACAUUUUUCACUAUUUAGACAUUUUAUAGACAAAACGAUUAGUUGUCCAAUUUGAAAAAAUAAUUUACCGAAUAUUUGACAAUGACUUUAACCUUAGUUGCAGCCGUACAAUCAGUUCUGCAUGUACACAUCAGUCUCUAAAACAUACUGAACUUAACCUAAAUAUUAUUUUCUAAUAAUGCUGGUUCACUGAUUUAUUUUCUCAAUUAACUUUUGGUCAGUAAAUGGUGAGAAAUGUCCAUCAUAGUGCAGUUCCAUUGGUUAUUUAGUUUUGUUAUAAAACAGAGAAAAGCAAGUCCUUACAUUGGAGACACUGGAAUUAUGGAAAGGUGUUUUUUUUUAUUUUUUAUUUGGUGAAAAUAAAUAAUUAGAAAACACAAAACAAUCUCUUUACACUAAUUCUAUUACACUGGAAAGUUCAGUCCACAGUGCGUUAAUGCUAAAAUCAUCACUCAGUUUUCUGAACAUAUUCCAGUUAUAUUUGGGGGAAAAAAGGAUUUUUUUGGACAGUUGUUUUUACAGUGUUGUACGAAUAUAAACGUGUUUAAACCUCAUUAAUUUACAUUAGUGUCUUCAGGGAACUGUAAAAACUUUAUUAAAUGACUCUGUAUUGUACUUAACAGCUAAGCCUUACAAUCAGUUAAUAUUACAGUAUGUUGUUGUUUUAUGUGGUGGCAAGAGACUGUUUGUAUUCUAUAUGAAUGUUUUAAGACUAUUUCCUGUGCGACAUUUAAUAAUAAUCUCCGCUUUUAACGUUUUUUUUUUUGUUUGUUUUUUUGUCUUAGCUAAAAGCUAAUAGGUUAAUGCUAACAAAGCAGAUACAACCUGUAAUGUUGAAGUCUAGGUUUCUUUCACAAUCAAAAGCAAAUUGACUAGAAGCUAAAGCUAAAUAAAAAACAAAAUAAAAAACAAAACAAAUGGACUUUUUUGUUUUAACUUUAGCUUCUCUCCUAGCAAAAAGCUAAUAGGCUAAAGCUAAACAAUUCAAAACAGCACAAUGACAUGAAAUCCAAGGUUUUUCUUUCUUUUAUCACCAAUAAGCUCAGAGGCUUAAAAAAGAUGACGUGUUGAAGUGUUUUUCUGAUCUGUUUAAUUUCUGUUUUAGGUAUUUUAAGCUUCAGGGCUAAUCGGCUAAAGCUAAACAAUCGAAAACAAAACAAUAGUUUGAAAAAAUCACAGUUCAGUGAGCUUUUAGGUUUAGCUUUCCUUCAUAACCAAUAAAUAUUGAAGUUUUUUUUCCUGUUCUAUUUAGCUCCUGAUUUAAAUGGGUUUUUUUCCCCAAUACUAGGAAACUAAUUGGCUAAAGCUAAACAGGCUAAAAUAUAAAAUUUUUCUUCUUUUCAGCUUAGCUUCUAUUUCUUUUUACUUUGUACGGAGCCAGCAGUGUCAUAAAUUAAAAAAAAGAAAACACACAAACUAUUCACACAAAUUGUUUCUCUCACAAUGCUAUCAAUCUGAUCUAAAUAAGGCCCUUGGAUUUAAGACUUUUCGUUUUGUUUUCGACUGAAAUACACUUUUUCUUUAAACAUGUAUUUUUGGUUAAUUAGAUAGCACAAAUUAUUAUUAUUAUUUUUAUCUCCAUGAAAUCUGUCAGGCUUUUUAAGUUUGCCACUAAAUGAGGAAACACAUUUUACAGCCAGCCAAAGUGCUGCUGUGUAAAUUUUAAAACGUUUCUUUUCCUGCCAGUACCGCUGCUCUGUAACUGUAGUUCUCCGUCCCUCAGAGGAACACAAUGUACUGUUAUUCUGAAAGCUGACUCACCAGCAUUUAUCAACAAUUUACUGACAAUUACUCUCAUUGUCGAUUAAUGUGCCAGUUGUUUUUUCAGGUUAGUCAGUUGAUUAGUUGUCUACAGAACAAAAGAAAAUAUUUCCUCAAGGACAAGGUGAUGGCAUUAAUGUCUUGUUUUGUCCGACCCACAAUCCAAAACCCAAAAAAUAUUCAGUUUUGGAAAACAAGGAAAAGCGGAAAAUUCACACAUUUGAGAACCUGGAACCACUGAGUGUUUGACUAUUAAUUGAUUGCCAAAAUAGUUUCUGAUUAAUAUUCUGUCAAUCGACUAAUCAUUUAAUUGACUAAUAUUUGCAGAUGCAAUCGUUACAGAUGUGAUCUUUUGACCAAAGACAAAUUGUCCAAAAUGGAGGAUGUUGUCGUUUUUAGCUCAAUCAACUUUAUAACAAAACUAAAGUAGGUGAAAGUGAAAUAAAUUUUCCCCAAAAUAAAACAUAUGAAACAUCCAGUAUAAGUUUUGAUUUAAAAAAUGAACAAUUGAAUGAAUAAUCUCUCGGUCAGUUUUUGGUGGGAUCUGGGCAAAACUCUUUCAUUGCCAAAUCUUUUGUAGUUUUUAAUUGUGUUUCUUGUGAAAAUGUUUUUAGAUUUUUCAUUGACACUAGUCGUUAACGCCACGUUGCCUCAUUCAAACUUUUUGUUUGGCGCAUUUCCUGAACAUCUUUGACUCUGAAUCUUCCUCAGUUUGUUUGUUUGUGGUUUCCUUUUUUUUUUGUUUUUGUUUUUUUGUGGAAGUUACGUAAACUCUGUCGACCUGUUGUGUGUAUCGAAUGUAAGGGUUUUAUAAAAUGGUGUCGUUGUACAAAUAGGUGUAAAGUUUUUAAAUGAAAUGAUACUUGUUGUUAAAAUGUGUUGUACAUUUUUUUUAUUUAAGUAAAAUCAAAUGUCAAACACU